GAGCUAACCGUUGGAGUGAGCUAACCGUUACACUCGGUGCUUUUAUUCAAACUCCAGUGUAUGCGCUCAACACCAGAUGCAAUAGAUUGGUGACGGUACUUUGUGGUAGUCUAAUAGCCGCCUUGUCUCUACAGUUGGGUAAAGUUACCUGCGAAGGUCCCCUCGCCGCUUUGUACUAGUUGUGUUUUCUUGUGGACUAUCUGAGUCAGCUAACUGGCGCUGUUGUUGUCAGCGGUAACCUAGCAGCCAAAGCAUCCCAUCAUGGAAACCUCUGGAUGACUGUUUACUGCCAUUAUAACUGACCUGUAGCCUUUAUUCUUAAUCUUACUGAGCGAUGUGAAACAAUAUCAGAUAUUAGUUUUGAACGUUCAGCUUAUUUAUCAAUCACAGCGUCUAGCUAGCUCAUUUAUAUAAACGAGUGAAGUUUGUUGGUUUCCCAAUUUCUUGUUGUAACGUUAGUUUGUGGAAACCGGUUAACGCACAGCAUAACGCUAGUUACCAAAACUAAAUCCCAAAUGUACGUUACCAGGCUAAACUAAUUUUACUUUAGGGUUCAAGCGAAACAAUGCCAAUUUUGAGGAGCACAUCGAUGUUUAGCCAUAGCUUCCUAACUAUAAUGAGCUAGCUGGCUAACACUAAGUAAGUGCUCCAUUCCUGGUGAAGUCUUCACAAACACGCUAUGGCCAAGAUGCCUGCCGCUCUUGAGUGGGAUAAAGUGAUGAAAAUUAACCCGGUGAGCCUCCAGGACUGUGAAAAAGACCAACUGGACGAGCUCUUCGGCAUGUUCAUUUCGACAGAAGAAUGGCUGUUGAAGGAUAAAGCGCCGGAGGACAUUGUUCAAGUCCUCAGAGUGUUUCAGGCUCUGCUGAAGAUGAAGGAACUGGAACUUGAUCUUUCCUUCAACUUCAUCGACGACAUUGGCGUAAAGCAUGCUAAAAUUGAAAAGGAACUCCUCGUUAAGGUAUCAAGGCUGGAACAAGAGUACAAGCACUGCGGCACAGGGCCAGACACCCGCUUUCUGAGAGAUGAGAUUCGGCAGCUCGAGAACCAGCUGGAGCAGAGGGAGAAGGAGUUGACCCAGUUAAAGAAAGAAAUGGAGAAAGAGAAGAAAACAAAAGGGGAGUUGGUGGUUCAGGCAGAGGAGGCUGAGGAAAAGGUCAAGAAGCUGAAAAGAGAGAAUGAGCAGCUUCAGCAGGAUGUGGACUUCUAUCGCGGAGAGCUGGACCAGAAACAGCCGGCACCAUCCAGAGAUGAAAACGCUGAGAUCCAGAGGAAGCUCAGCCUGGCCAACCGCCAGCUCUACCAGUGCUUGGAAGACCUUCAGCGAGCCGAAGAUGAAAACUUACACCUGAAGACACAGAAUGAACAGAUGCAGAAAAGUCUGGAGGAGUCGGUUAAGGAGAUGGAAAAGAUGACAGAUGAGUACAACAAAAUGAAGAUUGUUGUACGGCAGACUGACUCCAUUAUGGACCAGCUUAGGAAAGAGAGGGAUCAUGCAAAGCUACAAGUCAGAGAGUUAACAGAUAAGAUUCAUAACAUGACUGAAGAGGAAGACCCAAUAAUGGCAGCAGUCAAUGCCAAAGUGGAGGAGUGGAAGAGAGUGCUCUCUGGGAAGGACGAAGAAAUUUUGGUGUACCAGCAGAUGAUCCGCGAUAUGAGGGAAAAGCUGCGUUCAGCCCAGUUGGACUUGGACAAAAGCAACACCAUUGCCUUGCAGCAGGCCGUCCAAGAAAGAGAUAAUCAAAUCAAGAUGCUGAGUGAGCAGGUGGAGCAGUAUACCGGGGAAAUGGAGAAACACACCCAGCUCAUCGAGGAGCUAAAGACGUCCACAAAGAAAGACAGAGGCCAACCAUUGACCAUACAGCAGAGAAAGAUGGAAGAGCUGAAGUCCAAGCUGGAAGCUGCAGAGACCAGAGCCUUGGAAGCAGAGCAGGCGGUAAAGCUUGCGGAAGCUCAUGCUGAGGAAAAAGACAAAGCGCUCAUUGAGGCUUCAAACCGCUUGAGCCAGUACGAGUCUGGCACUUAUGGCCUGGAAGCAGCCAUCGUGGAGAUCAAAGAGUGUAAAAAUCAAAUUAGAGUGAGAGAUCGUGAGACAGAGGCCAUGACCAAAGAGAUCAACCAGCUUGAGAUGAGAAUCAAUGACCUCAUGGACGAAAAUGAGGAUUUCCGAGAAAAACUAGGUCUGGAACCAAAGCAGGAAGUGGAUCUGACAGAGUUCAGGCGGGCCAAAGAUCUCAGACAACGCCAGUACAAAGCAGAGAACCAAGUCCUCACUAAAGAGAUUGAACGGCUUGAAGAGGAGAGACUGGAGCUAAAGAAACAAAUCAGAUCCAUGGUGAAGAGAGGGAUCCCACAGUCAAGAUUGCUGCAGGAGGAGGACGUCGGACCCAGCAGAACUGCACAGCUGCCACUUCAACAAAGCAGCAUGUACACAGAUGAAGAGAUGCGACGCAAAAAUGAGCACCUUGAAAAAGAACUGAGCAAGAAGGAGAGAGAGCUGGAACUUCACAAGACACAGUUUCACAUUAAAUUGGAUGAACUGUCAAAAGUGAAAAGUGACCUGGAGGCUGCAUUGAAAGAUGUUCUUCGAGCCAUGAGGAUUAACCGAGAAACCACUCCAUCUGAAGCUGCCAUCAAUAUUCCAAGUCUGGAAAGGCUGGCUAAUGCUAUAGAUGUCAGCAACACAAGUGGGCAGUCUGAGUCAGCCCUGCACCUCAAGUCCCAAAUACAUCAGCUGGUGGGGAGAAAUGAAGAACUAAGGCAGGAAUUGAAAUCGUCCCGGGAGGAAGCUACUUCCAGCUUCAGUCAGCUUGCCAGAGCCAAAGAAAAGGUGAGCCAACUGGAAGGUGAAUUGGAGCUGCUAAGGAAGUCAGGCAGCAGUGGCAUCAUCCUCCGACCUCUCCCCGAGGGCCUGGGGCCCAGCAGCACUGAGGUUAUCAGUUCUCUGAAUGAGUACGCUGUUCGACUGCUUCAGGAGCUCAAAAACAAGGAGGACAAAAGCAAGAAACUUGUGGGAACACUGGAAGAAUACAAAGAGAAGUUUUCUGUUAUUAGUCACCAACAUGGACUCCUCUAUAAAGAAUACCUAAGUGAGAAGACGGAGUGGCAAAAGAAGAAAGAGACAUUUACAGAGAUGAAGAACAAGCUGGAGGAGCAAAAGCAGGUGGACGCUGUUAAAAUCCAAGAGUUCAAAGAGCUGCUUGACACCCUUAAGAAAGACCCAGAUGAAAUCAAGAGACAGUUGAGCGAAGCAUUGCGCAACUUGACAGUGCUGAAGGUUAAUGAGAAGAAGCUGACACGGCGCUACACCACCCUGCUGGAGCAAGAAGAGCACCUCCGCAAGGAAAACAGCAAGCUGAGGGAGGAGAGCAUUCAAAUGCAGGCAUCCGUUACCCAGAGGAUAGGCUACCUGCAGAGAUACAAGGGAAUGGCUGCAUAUAAGAUAGCAGCACUGCAGAAAGCUUUGGAUGACAGUGUGCCCUCAUCAGAGCUGGAGAAGGCUAACAGACAGUAUACAGAGCUAACAGUCAAAUACAGAGACAUGCUACAGAGGGACAGCCGCCUUAUACAGAGAACCACCAACCUCGAGCAUUUGGAGAGUGAGAAUGAGUCUCUUCGGGAGCAAAUCUCUGCCAUGAGUAAAGAACUGGAGAUCACAAAGGAGAAACUGAAUACUUUAGAGCAAGCAUGGGACAACAUUAAUACAAUUGGAGGUGAAACCAGCAUGGGAAAGGCAGACAAGGUGUUGGCCAACAACGAGAUGGUGUCUGCCGCCAGGCAGAUUACCACUCUUGAGAUGAAGGAGCUGAAUGAAAGGCAAAGAGCUGAGCAUGCGCACAAAAUGUAUGAGCAAUUGAGGAACUCCCUCAGGCAGGUGGAAGAACGAAACUUAGAAUUGGAGUCCAAGUUUGCAGAGUUGACCAAGAUGAAUGUAGAGGCCCAGAGUGUGGAGCGGGAGCUGAGAGAUGAGCUGGCAGACAGCAUUAGCAAAGCUGUGAGCGACGCUGACAGAGCCAGGAUUGCAGAGUUGGAGAAGGCCGAGGCUGAGCUUCGCAUCGAGGUUUCUAAGCUUCGAGAGGUUUCGGAUGUGGCCAUGAUGCAGGCGUCUGCUCUACAGGCCAGACAACAGUCCAAAGAGAAGGAAGUAGAGGCUUUAAGGAGACAAAUACUCGACUACCAGUCGCAGUCAGAUGAGAAGGCCCUCGUUGCGAAGCUCCACCAGCACAUUGUAGCUCUGCAACUCAGUGAGUCAGCUGCUUUGGCCAAACUGGAGGCAGCCAACUCUCACGUCCAACAGCUGGAGGCCUACAAGCUACGUGCUGAACAGCGGCUGGACGCCAGUGAGAGCACUCUGUUCCUCGCCCGCCAAGAGGGCAGAAAUCGGGCCAAGCACCUACGGCAGACCAUCCAGUCGCUACGUAGGCAGUUUGCCGGAGCGCUGCCUCUUCCCCAGCAGGAAAAGUUCUCUGUGACCAUGGUGAGCCUCCAGGAGGACAGAGCAAAAGCAAAGGAGGAGAAGAAGAAGGCUGAGGAAGAGAGGAGGAGGGCAGAGGGCAGGGCGGAGGAACUGGAACUGAGACUUCGAGGCCUGGAGGAGCUCAUCUCAACACUGAAGGAUGUGAAAGGAGCCCAGAAGGUAACUGAGUGGCACAAGAAGAUGGAAGAAGCUCGUUUGCAGGAGCUGAGGAAAGGCAGGGAGCUGGUGGUUCAGAAGGAGGAGAUCAGGUACCUGAAGAACCUUGUGGAAGAACAGGAGCGAACCAUCCGUUUGCUGGAAGAAGAUACCGUGCAGCAAAACAUGCUUAAAGAUGAAUGCCAGCUUUCAUGGGAUCAGCGAGAGGUGGAACUGGAGCGCCAACUGGAUCAGUACGAGAAGCACCAGAACGAAAUUCUAAGCAGUACGGAAAAGUAUGAGGAUGGUACAGGAUCCCUACCAGACCCGAAUCUACCUCUAGCUCAUCAGUUAGAGUUUGCUUUGGGUAAAAUCAGAGAGCAUGUCCGCACCAUCUUGGACACACAGGCUACCUGCAAAUGUUUGGAUGAGAAGUUGAAAGAGAAAGAAGCAGCUCUGUGGAAAGCGGAGCAGAACGUCGUGUCCAGGGAUAAAGUGAUCAAUGAGCUGCGUCUUCGGCUCCCAGCUGCAGCUAACAGAGAACGCCUGCUUGCUGACCUUGCCAAGCACGAAGAGGGCCAGUCAGACAGUCAGCCUGCCCUCAAGCUGGCUCACCAGACCAUCAAAGACCUCCAGGGUCGACUUGACAAAAAGGAGGAUGUGUUAAAGAAAUACCAAAACCAGUUGGCUCAAGCCAGAAAGGACCAAGAGGAGAUGAUAAAGAGACACCAGGAGGAGCUGAGAAUGUUGCAUCAGAAGUUGGACUUGCAGACAGACACCUCCCUGGACCGCUUUAAACAGACAGCAAUGGAACUGAUGAAGAAGCCCACUAUCAUGGUGCCAACCACCAAGCAUCUGGAGCGUCUGGCUGAGUUGGAGCAGACAGUGGCUGAACAGGACAUCUCGCUCUCCUCUGUCACAAUGAAGCUGAAUCUGACCACUUCUGAGCUGGAGCGACAGAAGGCCGCCAUGGACACGCUGGCUAAGAAACACGCAGACGAGAAGUCAAAGCUGGAGGAGCAUUAUGCUGCCCAGGUGAAAGCUUUGACUGGCGAGACAGAGGAUCAGAGGAGCCAGAUGGCCCAGAUGGAGAAGGAGAUAAACUACCUGCAAACUGAGUUGGCAGUACAGAAGGAGGCCAACGUCCGCUCCCCCAGCAACACCAUGAAAAAGCUGGUGGAACGACUGAAAGCGCAGCUCACCCAGAAAGAGAAACAGCUCAAGUCUCUCAGUAAGGCUCUGUUGGGGCUGCGGGCAGAGAUGACAUCUGCUGCAGAGCAGCAAAUUAUAGUCAGCGCUGCACAAAAAGAGGAGAGUCUCAAUGUACAGAUGCUGGUUGACAGACACACCAAGGACCUAAAGGUGCGGGUGCAAGAACUCAAUGAAGAACUUCAAGCUGCAAAGGAGUCUGUCAAAGCAGCCAGAGGCCGGGAGAACACCCUGAAAGAGGAAGUGGACAGUCUGAACCAGGACUUCCAGAGGAGUCAAAAAACCCAGAGACGCCUGCAGGCUGAAAAGGAGGAGAGAGAGCAGGAAAUCCAGGAGCUCAAGCAGCAAAUCAAGAGGCUCAGCAGCGCCCUUCAGAAUCAACCAGAACCAGAUGGGCAGGGGCUGACCAUUGAGAAUCUGCAGAAGAAGAUCAGGAGGCUGGAGUAUGACUUGGAGAAGAGAACAGAAACGAAAAAUGUUAAAGAUGAUCAUGGAAAGAAUAGAGAUGAAAUUGUGCGUUGGGAGGAGGGAAAGAAAUGGCAGGCCAGGAUGGAAAAGGUGAAGAAUUCACUGAAGGAGAAGGAACGAGAGAAUGAAUCACUGUCAAAACAGCUCAGCACUCUUAAAGACCUCUAUGCCAGACUGGAGCAAGAGAGGAGUGCAAUGCAGAAAAAGCUGAAGGCUCGAGGAGUCACUGCUGAUCAGGUGGUGGGAGUGCGAUCCACUGAAAUGGAGAGGGAGAUGGAGGAGCUGAAGAAGAAGAACUCAGACCUGGAGAGACAGAUCUUCACCAUAAAACAGCACCAGGCUUUACCCCGUGAUGACGCCAUGGAGAAUCUGAGCCUGAGGAACCGCUACCUGGAGGAGAGACUCCACUCCUUAGAGAGUCAGAUAUCAAAAGAGCCUCUAUCAAGACCCUCUUGUGUGUACUGCGCCGCUCAACGUCUGUCACUGAGCAGUUCCCAUUCUUCAAAGACUUCAGGACGAGGCACUGGCACUCCCUCACAGAGAGAUCAGGACCUCCAAAAAGAAAACCUCAAGCUGGCCUCUGAGAACCUGGAGCUGCGCUUUCAGUUGGAGCAGACCAACAAAGACUUACCGAGACUCAAGAAUCAAGUUGCAGACCUGAAGGAAAUGUGCAGCGUGCUGAAAAUGGAAAAGGCAGAGGUGGAGAAAAAGCUGGCACAGCUACGUGGAGCUGGCCACAGUGGUAAAACAGUACCUGAACUUGAGAAGACCAUUGGGUUGAUGAAGAGGGUGGUGGAGAGGGUGCAGAGGGAAAAUGAGACGCUAAAGAAAUCCAGUGCACCUGCAAAUCAAGAAAAGGUCGCUGCCUUGGAGCAAGAAAACGUAAAACUAAAGGCUGACUAUGAGAAACUGAAGAGUCAAAGUGAAGCUGAGCUGACUUCCAAACUUGAAUCUAAAACUAAAGGACUGGAGAAAAUAGUCAUGGAAAAUGAACGUCUACGCAAGGAGAACAAAAGGGAAAUUGAAGCUGCAGAGAGGCUGAGAGUGACCAAGACGAGUCUGGAGGUAACGAAUGAGAAGCUCGAGGCAGAGCUGGAAGAAACCAAGCACAGACUGCGGGCAGCUCUAUCCAGACCCAUCACAGAACAAGCGGACAGUAAGGCCUGGAAGGCAUCUGUGGUGACGAGAAUGUUUGAGAACAAGAUGAAUGAGCUGGAGAAAGAGCUCUCCCAGAAGACCUCCGGUCUCACUGAGCUCAAACAGCAGCUGAAGGAGGUCAACGAGCGGGAGGAGAGAGCUCAGAUAAAUGUUCGGCAACUUGAAGAUCAGGUUGACAUGUUGAAAAGAUUUCCUACCGCUGCAAAGACAGGAGGAGGACUAACCAAGGAGCUGCAGUCAAUGAGAUUGGAGAACACAGAACUGAAACAAAAGCUGAACGAGUACAGUGAGCGGUAUGGUGAGACAUCUUCUAAACUAGACUACGGGAAGCUCAAAAACCUUCUGCACGCAGCCGAAACAGAGAGAACUAAACUUCAAACUGAGGUUAAAAAGCUGAAGAAAGAAUUGGAGAGCUUCGACCCGACAUUUUUUGAAGAGAUUGAAGAUUUGAAAUAUAAUUACAAUUUAGAGGUCAAGAAGAACAUUCUGCUGGAGGAACAGCUGAAGAAGGUGUGUGAUCAGUUUGGUGUAAAGGUCGAACUGCCAAGCUCGUCCAUCAGUUAGCUCAGGGUUACUGUGCCUUUUAAUGAAGCCAGGACUGUUAAAACUACACCUGAAUGUCAUUCUAUGCUUGUCGGUCCUUAAAAGUGGACAUUAUUGUCCACUCUGCAGGUACAUUUCUUUUUAGAUCUGUGGGGCUGGGUAUUAACAUUCAAUACAAUGUUGGUAGUGAGUAGUGAAAACUGUCAGGCGACACGUUGCCAUCAAAUGUCUGAUCGGCAGAGAUGCACCGACGGGGAAUUUCAGGGCCAAUAGUCAAUAAUUAUGUUUGUUGUGGCUGGUAACGACACAGUUAUUUAUGGACUGACGUUUCUUUUUCUGAAACUACAGUGAUAUUUAGAGAGCCUUUAUCCACCCUAGAAUGUAAGAUUCAUUUAUUACAAACUUGUUUAUAGGAGGUUUAUUAUUUUUUAUAUGUACACUAAUUAAUAUCAGACUGUAUCCUUGUUUACUUAUUUUUUGCCAUUUAUUCUUUGAUAGUUCCUGAUUUCAAUCAGAAUGUUGCCAAUUCUCAAGCAAAUAGCUUUCCUUUGCUAGAAAAUGUCUCUUUACAGGAACUAAGCGUAAAGUUGACCUGUCAGUGAACUGAUGUAACUCUUACUUUCUUCCAUAAGGCAGCUGUUUAUUGUUCAUACUACAUCCUGGCUCUGGUGAUGUAACUCAUUAUGUUGCAUAUUUAUUUCUUUAUGUUUGUACAUUUCUGACACACUGUGCUUCUAUGUAUUUGUCAAUAAAGCAGCUUUAAUAUUAA